AUGGUCCAAGCUGAAUUUUUGAAACUAUUGGUCAAGUCUUUGGGAAUGAAACCACUUUUGAAACCACUGGGUGCUCUGAGUUCUUACCCAGUAGUGGAAGGUGUGGUGGGUCACCCUGUGACACUGCCAUGUACUUACUCAACAAAUGAGGGAAUCACUACCGCAUGCUGGGGCCUUGGUGAAUGUAAGCUUUUUUAUUGUGCAAGAACGCUUAUCUGGACCAAUGGCUACCAUGUGUCCUAUCAGAGGAACAGCCGAUACCAGCUCAAGGGUCAUAUUUCAGAAGGAAACGUGUCCUUGACAAUAGAGAAUGCUCUUCAGAGUGACGGUGGUCCAUAUUGUUGUAUAGUGGCAAUCCCUGGAUCUUUCCAAUUUGUGACCUAUUCCUUGAAAGUUAAACCAGAAGUUCCAGGAAAACCCACAACUACAGGAAGACCCACAACUACAGGAAGACCCACAACUACAGGAAGAUCCACAACUACAUCAAGACACAUAACUAUUUCAACAAGACCCACACAUGUACCCACAUCACCCCAAGUCUCAACCUCUUCUCAUCCAACACCAGCACAAACACAGACUCACACACCAGUGACAAGAACUGGCAGAGUCAGAAAUCUCAUGGUGGAAGUUAUGAGGAGAGAAAUUGGCUCAGACUUUGUCCCUGUUCACUUGGCUUCGAAGCUGGUUCUCUGA